AUGGCGCCUCUCCAGGGCUCUGCGAUGAGUUACCUCUCGCUCGUGCUUGCUCUGUGCGGCGCCGCCACGGCGCUUCCGGGGGGAUUUCCGGCAGGAGAUGUGGCGACGCAGUUGGCGUUUGAGAGAAUGACAAUUGUGAAUAAGACGUUUUGUGGCGAAAAGGAAUAUGACUAUCUUGGUAUGGCGGGAUACGGGACCCUGCCUCAUGAUGCGGUUGAUAGGUUUGGAGAUACCAUUGGGGGAAUCGGAAGCGGGCUCGUGAUUGGGCAAGGGUCGUGGACGAGGCGGGAGAAUGGGUCGUAUGAGGGUGUUGCGUGGGCUUUGCCGGAUCGAGGAUGGAACACCAAUGGCACGCUGAACGUGCAGGCGCGAAUCCACCAGUUCGAGGUGAAAUAUACACCCGUCUUUAACGCCACUCCCUCGACUCCAAGCGCUCCGAAUCUCCAGAUCAAAUACGUCAACACCAUCCUCCUCAAGGCGCCAGAUGCCACGCCCAUCACGGGCCUCGACGCCGAUGAAACCGACUCCAUCAUGUACCCAGGUCUUCCACCGAUGCCCGGGGCGACCGUCAAAGGCAACGGCUUCGGCGGGCCAGGCAUAGGCGGACGGCGAAUCAGCAUGGACCUGGAGGGCAUCGCACUGGACUCGAUUGGCACAUUCUGGGCGUCGGACGAGUACGGCCCGUACCUCUACCAGUUCUCCAGGACGGGCCUCCUGAUCCAGGCGGUGGCGCCGCCGAUGGCGUACCUGCCGCGACGCAACGGCCAAGUGAGCUUCAGCGCGGCGUCGCCGCCCAGCUACGACCCCGACCGCAAGCCGCAACCCGUGGCGCCGGAGACGGGGCGCAACAACAACCAGGGCCUGGAGGGUCUGACGAUCUGCAGCGACUACCAGACGAUGUACGCGAUGAUGCAGUCGGGUAUGAACCAGGAGGGCGGGCCGAGCCGCCAGCACAGCCGGCAGGCGCGCUUGCUGAAGUACAAGCUGGACGGCACGCGGCCGCCGACGUACGAGGGCGAGUGGAUAGUGACGCUGCCCAUGUACACGGACGCGGAGGGCAAGCAGACGGUAGCGGCGCAGUCGGAGAUCAACUGCCUGCCGACAGGCGACGUGGCGAUCCUGACGCGCGACGGCGGGGCGGGCCGCGGGCAGCGGCGCACGCGGUCGGUGUUCCGGCAUAUCGACAUCCUGAGCGGGUUCGGGCAUGCGACGAACAUCAAGUCGUGGAACUUCGACAAGACGGGCGGCGCGAUCGCGUCGGACAAGGGCGAGCUGAAGUUCGGCCUCAAGGCGCUGGACUACUGCCCGUGGAUCGACAUCAACUCGGACGACCAGCUGGCGCGGUUCGGGCUGCACAACGGCGGGGCGCAGGACGCGCAGCUGCUGAGUGAGAAGUGGGAGAGUUUGGUGCUGAUGCCGCUCAAAAAGGAGGACUGGACGGGCCAGGCGGGGCCGGACAAGAAGGAGUAUCUGCUCUUCACGAUGAGCGACAACGACUUUGUGACGCAGAACGGGCGGCUGAACAACGGGCAAUUUGUGUAUCAGGACAAGUCGGGAUGCAAUGUGGACACGCAGGUGCUGGUGUUCCGGGUCGCGAUGUAA